GUGGAGUCGGUCGAGAACGGGUAAAAGGACGCGCGCACGUGGAAGUGGAUCUUUCCCGGAUAUUGGUUCUAAUCGUGAAAAUUGAGAGAUGGCUACCGAAGGCGGUGGUGAUCCGCAGUCCGUAACUCAAGCGACGGCUCCGGUUCUUGAGGCUGCCCUAUCCGUUGAGAAUGAAAGACCCACGCACAUUCCAGCCCUCCCCGGCGCAGCUGAUCACCUGGACGAGGAAACCAGACCGGACGAAGAUCCGUUUGACCCGAGCCACACGCCAGCCAUUUCGUUCCGCAAGCGUCCGCUGUCGAUGAACUCCAGCAGUAAACCUCCGCCUGUGAUGCAGCGAGCCAUCUCCCACCCGGCCUCCGUCGGAGGUCACUCGCACCGAUCGCACGGAUCUACGACGGCUAGCGAUCACCUAAUACCUCCCCCGUCGACUCAAGACGAAAAGCGCAAGAUGACCCGCCGGUACAUGGCCGUUGUAACGGCGAUCAGCUAUACGCUGUUCUUGAUCGUGUUUGCACUGAUCGUGUUCAUCACUGAUGCCGCUGAGAACAAUGCACGAUAUCCGCUUGCGGAAGUGUUUGGACUGUACAUGGUAUCGGUCGGGAUCGUGUACUUUGUGUUCCUGUACAUUGACAUCCGGUUGCACGUCCGGAGGACGCACGCAGCUAUCGAUGAGCUGGAUAGACGUCGGCAAGCUUACGAUGACAUGAUGGCACGAACGGCGGCACAGUUCAACAAUGGUCCGCUGGCGUUGAACCCGAACGCCGCUCAGAACCCGCACGAUUGGAACUUGCCACGGUUGGAGCCUGUCCCGCAUAACUACUGCUUCGUCAGUGGACGACACGGAGAGUUUAUCUACCUGAAGUUGGGUGCCACGUGGUUCUGCUUCGGGCUGUUGAUCCACUCCGUACUGCUGCUGUCGUACCAGGGAAUUCUUAUGAACAGUGCCGAUGCCAAGUGGGCAGCGUGUGCCUCGAACAGCACGAUCGCGCUCGAGGUUCUGUUUCUGUGCUACUGUCUGUUUCUGGUGUUCUUCUUCUGGAAGUACGCCAACGUCGUGAUCAACCACUACCGUGGUCUAGCUCGGUUUGGACUGAUGCACGCGAUCGGGACAGCCUUAGCCUUCUGGGUGUACACGAUCGUGCGGGAAACCCAUGUUGCAAUCCUUAUCAAAAUGGCGGAGGAUAAAGCCAAAAAUGCAGAUGGAAUCGAUGUGCAAGGGUUCGGCAUGCCGCUCUGUCCGGGACCGGAAGACCUGAACGCGAUCCUGAACACCUUCUCGCCGUACCUGUACCCGUUUGUGAUCGAGUUCAACAUCCUGAUCGUUGGUCUGCUGUACAUGAUCUACGCCAACAUCAACAGCUGUCCGAAGAAGCUGUCCGCAAAGGGGCACAGUGGUGGCGGACACGGGCACGGCAGUACAAAGAGCAUUACGGGGGAUGGGGAUAGUGUUUGCUCCGAACACCACGACAGUUCGAAUGAUCAUGAAGUGGAGGUCAAGGGCAAGAUGGUCGUGUACGGAGAUUGCCACGCCGCGAGUCGAGGACUGUUCGCCGGAAUGAUCCUGAUCGUGGCGACGAUCGUGGUGAUCAUACUGUUUCACAUCGCUUCGCGAGACGACGACUACCGCGACACCGGCAUUCUGCUGGACUCCAUCUUCGAGGUGACCGUGCUCGGCAUCAUGAUCCUCGCCACGAUUCUGGCGUACUUCCAGACGUCCAAGCUGGACAUCAACCAGCAUCCGAUCUCGCGGCUGGACGACGUGCUGCUGUUCAUCGCCAUUCCGGCGUUCUUCUCCGAGACGGUGUUUACGCUGGUGCCGGCCUUCGCGAACGUGUCCAUCCUGAACGGGUUCAUCGCGUUUGCGCAGAUCAUUCAGGUCCUCAUUCAGACGCCGUGGAUCAUUGACACGCUGAGGCGCUGCUCGAACGCGCCGGAGCUGAGGCGGAACAAGCCGGGCAAGGAGCUGGUGACGUUUUUGACGAUCGCGAACGUGUCGCUGUGGAUUUACUACACGUUCUCCGUCAAGACGGGGGACUUUGGCGAUGAGAGGUACACCUUCUACGGGUACGUGCUGUGGUCCAUCCUGAACCACCUGUCCCUGCCGCUGAUCAUGUUCUACCGGUUCCACGCGUCGGUCUGCCUGGUGGACAUCUGGCGGCACUCGUACGAACCGGGCGAGUUCGCCCACCACUGAGGGCUCUUUUUCUUGGAGUUCUUGGACGAACCAAGCGCGUUGAUA